UUACAGAGUCCCCCCGAAGCUGAAUUCAGAUCAGCACUUAGAGGGGUUUAGUGAAGCUCUCUCUACCUCAUGUGCUCAAUCCCUCCUCCUGUAAGUCAGCCCGAGGACCUCAGAUAGUAAAAUGGCUGAAAAGCAGAAACACGAAGGCAGGGUAAAGAUAGGACACUACAUCCUCGGAGACACACUGGGAGUCGGGACGUUUGGAAAAGUGAAGAUUGGAGAGCACCAGCUAACAGGACAUAAAGUUGCCGUGAAGAUCCUCAACAGGCAGAAGAUCCGCAGUCUCGAUGUCGUGGGGAAAAUCAAAAGAGAGAUUCAGAACCUUAAGCUCUUCAGACAUCCACAUAUCAUCAAGCUGUAUCAGGUGAUCAGCACUCCCACAGACUUCUUCAUGGUGAUGGAAUAUGUGUCUGGAGGGGAACUCUUUGAUUAUAUUUGUAAGCAUGGAAGGGUGGAGGACACAGAGGCGAGACGUCUUUUCCAGCAGAUCAUCUCAGCGGUAGAUUACUGCCACAGACACAUGGUGGUGCACAGAGACCUCAAGCCUGAAAAUGUACUGCUGGAUGGCAACAUGAAUGCCAAAAUCGCUGACUUUGGUCUGUCAAACAUGAUGUCAGAUGGAGAGUUCCUGAGAACGAGCUGCGGAUCACCAAACUACGCUGCACCAGAGGUCAUCUCAGGAAGGUUGUAUGCUGGUCCAGAGGUGGACAUCUGGAGCUGUGGCGUCAUUCUCUAUGCACUGCUCUGUGGGACUCUGCCAUUUGAUGACGAGCACGUGCCCACACUCUUCAAAAAGAUCCGUGGAGGGGUCUUCUACAUCCCAGAAUACCUCAACCGCUCAGUGGCCAGUCUACUUAUGCUCAUGUUGCAAGUGGACCCACUGAAGAGAGCUACUAUCAAAGACAUCAGAGAGCAUGAGUGGUUUAAGCAGGACCUUCCUUGCUACCUUCCUGAGGACCCCUCGUACGAUGCCACAGUGGUGGACGAGGAGGCCGUGCGCGAGGUGUGUGAGAAGUUUGAAUGCACUGAAGCCGAAGUACUGAGCAGCCUCUACAGCGGAGACCCUCAAGACCAGCUGGCCGUGGCGUACCACCUCAUCAUCGACAACCGGCGCAUCAUGAACCAGGCCAGCGAGUUCUACCUGGCCUCCAGUCCCCCAACCAGCUCCUUCAUGGAGGAGGGCAUGCCUCUGCCACCAGGGGUCAAACCUCACCCCGAACGGAUGCCCCCGCUCCUGGCCGACAGCCCGAAGGCACGGUGCCCUCUGGAUGCCCUCAACACCACCCGACCCAAACCGCUGGCGGUAAAGAAAGCAAAAUGGCACCUGGGCAUACGGAGCCAGAGCAAACCUUACGACAUCAUGGCUGAGGUUUAUCGUGCCAUGAAACAGCUGGAGUAUGAAUGGAAAGUGGUGAACCCCUAUCACCUGAGAGUGCGCCGGAAGAAUCCUGUCACUGGGAAUUUUGUGAAGAUGAGUCUGCAGCUGUACCAGGUGGACAAUCGUAGCUACCUGCUUGACUUCAAGAGCAUUGAUGACGAUACGAUCGAGCACAAGUCAGGAUCGUCGACUCCCCAGCGCUCUGGCUCUACGGCCGGCCUCCAUCGCCCGCGCCUCAGCAUCGACUCUGCAACUGUGGCUGUUGAGAUGCCCCAGCUGAGCAGCUCUCUGCCGGGCUCUCUGACCGGGAGCACACCUCUGCUGGCUCCGCGGCAGGGCAGCCACACCAUGGACUUCUUCGAAAUGUGUGCCAGCCUCAUCACUACCCUGGCUCGCUGAGACCCUCGCACACCAUCAUCUGAUGGUCUUUACCUCUUUAGAGUCAAAAGGUGAAGGGUUAAGGGUUGUGAUUUUUGGAGUUGGGGUGCUUUUAUGUCAGUCCCACUGUAGCGGCACAAAUAUACGGUGCCCUAAAGAGUUUUUGGACUGACCUACAAAUGUACGAAAGUCAUUGCAUUAGUUAACUAAUAAUAAUAUCAAAGCCAUCAGCCAACAAGUAAUGAAAAUUUUUUUAUCAUCACUUAAUCAUGCCUCAUUUUAUAUGAUUAUAUAAUUCAUAUUUAUAUAUGUGACCCUGGACCACAAAACCAGUCAUAAGAGUCAUUUGAAAUUGAGGACAAUAUUUGGCUGAGAUACAACUAUUUGAAAAUCUGCAGGUGCAAAAAAAUCAACUGAGAAAACAAUCUUUAUCAAGUUGUCCAAAGCCAUGCAUAUUACUAAUCAAAAAUUAAGUUUUGAUAUAUGUACGGUAGGAAAUUUACAAAAUAUCUUAAUGGAACAUGAUCUUUACUUAAUAUCCUAAUGAUUUUUGGCAUAAAAGAAAAAUUUAUUAUUUUUUACCCAUUCAAUGGCUAUUGCUACAAAUAUACCUGUGCGACUUAUGACAUAUUUAAAAAUAAAAAUAUUUAAAAAGACAUUUAUUAGGUUUUCACUGAAACAAUUACAAAUUAUUAAUGUUAUUAUUAAUUUUAAUUUUAAUUCUUAAGUUAUAAAUGAUAAAUUCCGAUUAUAUUCCAUUGAUUUUUGACAAUCAGAUACUACUUUUUUGUUUAACAGUGCAUUGUUUUUUUGUUUUUUUUUUAAAUCUAAUGCAAUGACAUUCAUUCUGUCCAAAAAAUUUUAGGGCCACUUUAGCCAGAGGUUCUCCUCAACAUCAUAAGUUUAAAUAAUUGAAAAACUACAAACAUGCUUCUGAUUUUAUAUACACAUUUUAUUUUACAAUAUGUAUUAUACAGUAUAUUUAUAUUCUCAUAUCAAUCACUUGAGUUGUAUAGUUUAGUUUAAUAGCUAUUGAUUGCAAUGGCAUACCAAAAAUAGGUUUAUACAUACAGAGCAAAGAUCAUUAUUUAAUUAUAUUAUAGAUUCUUGCUUAUUUUUCAAUCAUAUUAUUUAAGUGGUAAUUUAUGGAGUGAAGAACUUGAGUGUUCUGGGUUUGGCUUGCAGUCUCCAGAGAGCGUUUAUCAAAGAGCAGUGUAAAUGCUGUUGCUUAAUGUCACAGUGAAUCUCUGAUGAUACACUCCAUCUGCAGUGGAAAAGCCUGACCGUGACCUAUCUGUGUCUGUCUCAGAGGCCUUGCUUACAACAUGGGCUGUGCUGCUGCCAUAGAAAGACAAAUAUGCUGGAUGAAGGCAGACAGACCAGCCAAAGAGCUUCAGUGUUGUGCCUUGAUAUGGCUAAAAUGCAAACAGAGAAGAAUAGAGACGGAUAAAGUAGAGAAUGUGCCAGUCAUUUUGUUGAUAUGCAUGAGCCUUUAAUUAGACAGCCUUAAAAUAUUCCUGAUGCUUGAGAUUACAGACAGCCAGAAAGACCUUAUUAAAGCAUUCAUCCUGAAUGACACAUUCAGCUUUAUUACAUUUAUUUAUGCUUAAGAACCUAGAUUUUAAUGCUAUAUUAAAAAUUAUUUUGUGAAUCAUCUGACAAAAAAAAAAAAUCUAUUAAUAUAUUACAAUGUUUAUGUAUUAUGUAGUAUAUGUGGUAUGCAUUAUUAAAGGAUUUAGCUCAAAAUUAUUUAAGUUUAUAUUAAUUUAAUUUCUAUAGCUGAUACACUACCAGUCAAAAGUGUGGGAUAGGUAAGAUUUUUUUAAGGUUUUUGAAUGUCUCUCCUGCUUUUCAACGCUGCAUUUAUUUGAUCAAAAAUACAGUUCUAAAUAAUGAAAUAUUACUACAAUUUAACAUAAGUUUUAUAUGUGGAAUAUAUUGUAAAAUGUAAUUUAUUUCUGUGAUGCAAAUAUUAAUUUACUCCGGUCUUCAGAGUCGCAUGAUCCUUCAUAAAUCAUGAUGAUUUGCUUUUCAAGAAACAUUUCUAAAUUAUUAUCAAUGUUGAAAAUGGUUGUGCUGCUUCAUAUUUACGUGGAAACCAUAUUAAUCUACCAUUCAAAAGUUUG